AUGGCGUGUCAGCGCGGGGGGAUAGUCGGGAAGACUGUGGCAACUUGCCAACUAGAACCCCAAUCGGCCGAGCGACCACGUCAUGCGAUACCUGGACGAUGGGACCAACGGCGAGCCGGGAAUAGGAAUUUCGACGCGCGGUCUGAAGACGACUUCUGGCAGGAGUUGAUGGAGCUUCGUGGUCGAGUACCGGCGGUAACUCCACAAGAUGCGCAGGCGGACGCGCAACCGGGUGAUACUGCGGACUCGAACGAGUGGUUAGACGUUGAUGGUGCGGGGGACGUAGUGCGAGCUGGAUGCGCAGUAAGAUCAGCGCUGGUCGAGAUGGAUGGUGAGAUGGCGAGGUGGAACGAUGAUGAUGUUAUGGGCUGGAGCGUCUAUCCUGAAACGUUGUACAUAGUUUAG